CUCAAAUACCCCGACAUAACACCCCUCACCGACCUCUACGCCUCCGCCCCCAGCCGCCGCCCCUCCCGGGCCACAAUCAGCAUGUUCGUCUGCGCGCCCCGGGCCCUCGCCGCCCCAACCAGCGCCAGUGGCGGGCUACCGACUUUUCCAGUUGAGAUCCUAGAACGCCAUCCCUUCACCACCCAGACGUUCGUCCCACUAGGCCUCUCCGCCUCCUCAGCCGAUGUCCGCUACCUCGUCAUCGUCGCGCCUUCCCUCCCCCCCAGCUCCGGCGGUCUACUUGCCGCUGACCCCGCGGCCCGGCUACCGGGGAAGAACUUACCGGAUCUGAGUAAGAUGGAAGCGUUCAGCGCGAGGGGGGAUCAGGGGGUUACGUAUGCGCCGGGGACGUGGCAUGCGCCGAUGGUGGUGCUGGGGGAGAUGGUGGGGUUUGUGGUUGCGCAGUUUGUGAAUGCGGUGGGGGAGGAGGAUUGUCAGGAGGUUGUUUGGAAUGGGGAGGGGGGGGAGGGAGCGGUGAUUGGGGUUGCGGUGCCGGGGGUGGGGGGGAGUAGGUUGUGAGGGGAGGGAGGUUGGUUGGAGGUUAGUUGAUGAGGCGGGUGUUGGGCCGGUGAGGUGGUGAACGUGAAUGUUCGCUCUAGGCUCAUGUGUCUAUCACAAUUGGUGUGGGCGCGGCUGCAUUGGAUCCAACAGCCCGCGCCGGGUGAACUAUCAUCGCUGGCCAAAUCAUCAUGUAUAUACAAUACAAUACAACACCUGAUGUAACAACAACCACUCACCGCACCCCCCUUCCCACCAACCCGGACACAAAGCGUUAAAAGGUUAUCCCCAUCCCGUGUCAGCCUGUAGCCUACCGCCCUCCCUAGCGCGUGGGUUGCCUGUCCCAUACCGGUCGUGUAACCCUGGAGGCACGAAUGGGCGCCUUGUCACAUGGUGGGAGGGAGCGGUUGGAUUCCCCGAUUUCGGGUUGUGCGUGUGGUGUGCGUGGGUGUGUGGGAUUUGUCUGUUUUGGGAACGUUUGGAAUGGAUGGGCGGUGGGUGGUGGUGUUGGCCGUCACGGAGAUGGAGAUGGAGAUGGAUGGAGAUGGAGAUGGAGAUGGAGAUGGAGAAUGUGAUUUUCUGGGUGUCUCAGUACCCCUCAUCUUCCGUAGGUAAAAGAAAGCAUGGUGGUUUUAAUUAGAUUUUGUUUUGUCCCGUGUGUCGGAAAUAGCCGCUCUCUGUGCAGGGAGCAAUAUUGUUGUCUUACUGAGAUGGGGAUAUCCGUGAUGUAGGAAACUGUUG